AAAAUAAACUAAUCGUAUUAAAUCAAAUGUUUAUUAAUGAUUCCCAAAAUAAUAAAUUACACAUACACAUUCGUUCACAUACUCACUCUCAUAUUAUUAUUUACAAUAUUUAUAUGGAUGAAUUAAUCUUCAUCACUAUCUUCAUUGAUAAUAGGCGUGAUGUUGUCUGUUUUGAAUAGUUUACAUAAGUGCUGGCCUGGUCUCGAAAUUUUUGAUAAACAUCGUCCGUAGGAUAAAUAAUAAAUAAUGGCAGCAAUGUGUGAACAGUAGCCAACUGUUCUUCAUUGGUGCACUCAUAAAAGUAUCUUUUUUCCCUGAAUGACCAAUACUAUCAGGAAUGUAUUCAAUAAAGCAUCGAUACACUUUCUUAGAAAAGUGACGGGACCGUACUUGAAGCUUCAGUAUGUUGGAUUGGUUUUUGAGGAACUACAAAUUCAAACUAUCACCUUCAUUUAGAAUUUCUCCUAAGUAGAAAAUUGCCUGCGAAUACUGACAAGUUCCAGUGAAUAAUAUUUUCAAAUCAGUUUUUUAGUUCCGGGAAGUCAAGCAAGUCACUGGAGGACAUAUUUUGAAAAGGCAAUCGUUUCCGAAACCAACCAUUCUCUUCAACCACAAUAGCCAAAGUAUUUUCGAAGUCUUUUUGUGCAAUUAUUCAUUCAACAACCUCAGAUGCUAUUUGGUCAUCAGAAUUUAAUCGCUUUCCAAAUUGAUUCAAAAGAAACGAUGCUAUUCGAUAAAGUACACCUACCUUAUGAAGCAUUUUAUUAUCGAACUUUUGAUCAAGAAGACGAUUUUUCUGCUUAAUCAUUCCGUGAACCGCCCUUUACUGCCCAACGAAUUUUUGUUACAAAACGCGACUCAUUGCAUUCAAUUGAUGGUGUGCACCUUUUAAUGCUGGCAUAAUAUCCUUUAGAUUCUAAAUGGCACUUUACAUCGUGAAAACCUCGAUCUACAAUGAAAAUAUCACCUGGAAGCAUUAAAUUGCACAAACCGUUUGUGUCUUCUAUUACACGUCGCAUAAUUUUAGCAUCAUUGACAUUAGCAAGAUACAGCCCCAAUAUAUCAACUACAAAUCCAUUAGUUGUAUAGAUUGUAAACGGUUUGCACAAUGGCAUCUUUUUUUUACCUGAAUAAGAUUUUCUUUGAUAUUCAUUGUUGGAACUCUUCUGAUGAUAAGCAUAUGUUCCAUUGCAGAUAAGUAUCAACUUAUCAUGAAUAUCAUAGAGUUUUUUCACAAUUUCAGUGGUAUUAUUUUCAAUUAAAUCAUUUCGAGACGCUGCCAUUAAUCCAAACUUAGAUAAAAUAUUUGUUUCGAAAACAUUAAUAACAAAGGAUGAAUACUCGGAAACUAGUUGCUCUUUUUCAAGUAAUAUAGAAGCAAUCAUUUUAUUCCGGAUCAAAGUUUUAAUAAAAAUACAAUCAAUGCUCGAGUUACAGUACAACCUGCAGUAUCUCGCAUUAAUGUCAUCAUUCUACUCAAUUCGAAAAUAUUGUCCCAAGUUAGACCUGUGAAUAUACGAAUCUGCUCUUCAGAUAAAUUAUAAUUACUAAUUUUGUCAAAUAAUGUUAAAUCACAUUCAUUUGAUAAACAAAGAUUUUUUUACCUCUUCUAUUUUUAUGAAAGACGAAUUAGAAUCGACUUUUUAAGAGAUUCAUAUUAUCAUCACAUAAACGAUUAUUAAUUAAGUGAUGUUCACAGCAUCGAUUUCUUUCCGGAAUAUAAACUCUCCGUUUGAUAUAAGACUGCAUUCUGGCUUCUUUUGGGACUGUUUUCAAUUUAUUUUUUUCAGUACAUAAACAGCAAUAUUUAUGAGUAGGUACCAUUUUAGGAAUUGCAAUCUCUAUGUAUUCAAUUGUACGUUCUUCAGAAUCAGUUGGCAAUUUAAAAUAGAAUGUUAAAAGCCCUUCUGACUAGACUAAGAUGCGGAUGCAUCAGUGACAAAACUCUGCAGUAAGCUGUGAGAUGAGUUUUUAGCUCAUCUCGAUUAUUGGAAUCAUCUGUUCUGUGUCGUUUAUACGCAAACACCCGAUAAUUGCCACAAAUAAUAUCAGUAAUACUAAGAUAUUGCGAUGAACUUUUUGAAUAAAAAGCUGCAUCAUCUAAUGAUGCUAUUAUUUUCCUAGUGCCUGGUAUUUUAUGCACGAAUCGACCACAUAUCGCGCACUUCGGAUAGCAUCUUUCGACAUGCGUCGAAAGCACGUCGAAGCACAUAUUGUACAUAUAAGUAAUUCUAGAAAAAUACCAGUUUACAGAUAGAGAAGUGUAUUAAUAAGUAUAUUAAAAAGAAACAAGCUGGCCAGCGACCCGGGUAGGAAGGUAAGAAAAAUGCUCAGGUGAGCCGAGAAGAGGGAACGCUCGAGAGGAAUCUUGGAGACAGCUCCCAUAAUGCGACCGACUUAUGGCCGUAUCAGACUAGCGACUCGGGACUGCGACUGCGAUUGCGAUUCUGCCUCAGCCAAUCAAAAAGCAGCGGUCAGCGAUUGCGACUCGACUAUACCAUUUGGCUUCCAGGCCAUUUUUCCGAGUCGCAAUCGCAGUCGCGGCCAGUCGCAGCCAAUCACAGGACGCCGAUUGAUCAUGUUAUGUUGAUCAUGUCAUGCGUGAUUGUUGACAUCAAGGUUAAAUUCUUUGCUACAUUUUCUGUAGAUAUGCUUCUGUAGAUUUUUCUUGCUAUACUUCUGUAGAUAAAUAAAAAUAUAAGGUUACACAAAUAAGGUACGUUUUAAACACAUUAUUAUUAUUAUACUGUAAGUAUAGAUAAUAUAAUUCGCUAUUAUUAGAUUUCAAAACGUCCUUUCGAAGAAAAUUUUACUCGAACUAUACAUAUAAGUGUCUUAUAUUAUAUAUCGAGUAAAAUUUUCCUCGGAGAGUUAUAUAUAAUAUAAGACACUUUAUGUAUAUUUCAAGUAAAAUUUUCUUCGAUAGGACGUUUUGGAAUGUAACUCUAGAGUAUAAGUAUAUAGAGUAAACGGAGAACAUUUACACAAAUUUACACCACACAGCGAGUGAUAAUUUUAAUAAUAAUGUUAUUAAUUUUUGUUUUCUUUCUUAAACUAAAUUAGGUUCGAAUAGUAGUGAUUUUUAAAAUAAAAGAGAGAAAUAUAUAAUGCCACCAAAACAUAAUUUUUCUAAAGAAAUAGAUAAUCGUCUGAUCUUGUUGAGUCUAAACCCCUUCUUUGAGAUUGUACAAGCGAAAUUUAUAGACGAACAGACCUGAAGCUUAAAGCAUGGGAUGAAAUAACUAAUCAGUUAAGUUCAAAUUUUACAGGUAUGUUUUAGAAAUGGAUUGGUGUAUUCAAUAUUACAAUUGCUUACUAAAAUUUUGAGUAGCAAUAGAAUGUGAUUACAAAUCACAAAUCACUAAUUAUUUAAUAGAUCUUGUUGAUACAGGUGCUAUAAUGUCAAGCCGUUUUAAAAAUAUGAAAGACAUGUUUGCAAGAAAUUUAAGACUUGUGAAAGAAUUAAAACGUAGUGAAGCUGGCACUGAUAGUAUAUACAAGCCCAAGUGGCCCUUGUUUGAGAGAUUGAUGUUCCUCAAAAAGACCUGUGUCCUAGGAGAAUCAGAAUCAAAUAUUCCUUCCAUCCAAUUAGAAACAACAAACUCAGAAAUACAAUCUACAAUUUCAAAUUUCUCUAAUGAAAUUAAUAAUAGUACAUCAUGUACAGCAGAUGUACCUCUCAAUGUGUACUAUGAUGAAGCAUUGAAGAAAUUUAUGUUAGUACCACACGAACAAAAUAUGGAAAAUCUAGACUCGCUAUCUUCUGGAAAUUCUUCUAGUGUAUAUAGUGAUCUUGAUCCACCAGCUACAGUUAGUACACCUCUACCAGAAAUAUGUUUAUCAUCUCAAUCUCUUUCAAACAAUCAUGUUAUUGCAAAUAACAAACGAUCGUCAGAGGUACAAUUAUUUUCUAAGAGAGGAUCAAAGAGAGAAAUCAACACCAGCAAUAAUAGAGGAGGCUGUAGAUGCCUUGAAAAAGUUCUGCCAAUCAGAUCCAGUUCCAUCUUCUCUAUUCGAAAUACCAAAUGAUCAAAGUAUUUUUUUUGUACAAUACAU